ACCGGAAGUACUGAUACAUAACAUGUAAUUUUGUAAACAAGUGGUUUCAGGAAACACUUCUAACACACAUUUGCAAAAUGGAUAAGAAAGGAUCUCCCGAUAAGGCUGCAGAAGGUAGAAGAAAGGCAAAUUCAAUGAUCGUACCGGCGCCUGGAUCUGAAGAUCGAAGUGUUAAUUUUAAAAUAAGCGAAGGGAAUGCCUCCAGUUCUGAAACCCAACCUCCACGCAAACAACCACAAAAGUUGUCAAGGAACAGAAGAGCCAGAUCUCUGUAUGGUGUUAGUCCAUGCUGUCAGUUUGGACCUAAGGGAACCAUCCUGGAUAAUUCAUCAUCAUUUCUAACAAUUCCAGAUCCCAGUAGUCAGAAAUUAAAGUGGGUAAAAGCUCCAUUAACAGUUUUGGUUGUAAAGAAGAUGUAUGAUGAUUCGGUGUUGUCAGCAUUUAAAAAACUGGUCUCCUGGCUGGUGGAGUUUAAGAAUAUGGUAGUAUACAUAGAAAAGAAAUAUUUAGAUAAAAAUUACCUGCUGUCUCAGGAUGAAGAAUUUGUUGAUCAUCUCAAAACAAAAUUACAAACUUUUGAAGAAGGUAAAGAUGAUCUAACAGGAAAAAUAGAUAUGAUAAUAUGUCUUGGUGGGGAUGGUACAUUGUUGUAUGCUUCAAAUUUCUUCCAGACAAAUGUUCCACCAGUGAUGGCAUUCAACAUGGGCUCACUAGGAUUUUUAACUCCAUUUCCAUUUGAUAAUUUUAAAGAACAAGUCACAAAUGUUUUAGAAGGUCAUGCCGAUCUGACACUAAGAUAUAGACUGAAGUGUGUAGUGUGUAAAUCUGGCUCUGAAUCACACAAAGUAUCACAUAUAAAACAUAUCAAUAAUUCUGAUAGUAAACAAAGUUAUUUAGUUUUAAAUGAAGUAGUUGUUGACCGUGCACAAUCACCCUACCUUAGUAAUGUAGACCUGUUUGUAGAAGGAAAACUUGUAACAUCAGUUCAAGGAGAUGGUUUGAUUAUUUCCACACCAACAGGAAGUACUGCCUAUGCUGUAUCUGCCGGAGCAUCCAUGGUCCAUCCCAGCGUACCAGCUAUAAUACUCUGCCCUAUUUGUCCUCAUUCUCUAUCAUUCCGACCAGUUAUUGUUCCAGCUGGAGUAGAAAUCAAGAUAAUGGUGGCAGAAAAUGCCAGGAGUUCUGUAUGGUUAUCCUUUGAUGGGAGAAAUAGGCAAGAAUUAAUGCAAGGAGACUGUUUACGUAUCACCACAGCCCAGUAUCCAGUACCAUCUAUAUGUGCUAGAGAUCAGAUAGACGAUUGGUUUGCAGGGUUAGCUGGGUGUUUACAUUGGAACGUUCGCCAACAACAGAAACCUCUUUCCUCAAUACCUAGUACAACCAGCUUAGACUCUGUAGAACUUAGUAAUUAGUUCAUUGGGUUACAUGGAAAUAUUUUGUUUGCUAUUUUUGAAAUUGUAAUGUAUUUGGUAAAGAUUUUAACUUAGGUAUGAAAUACUUGCCACUGCAUAUGGCCAAUUUUCCUUAUUUUUGUGGGUUUUAUUUCAUGAGAAAUCUUGCCCCAACUUGAAAUUUUAAAUUAUGUCAUCUAAUACCUGAAAAUAGCAUUUGAAGAUGAUAAAAGUGCUGUUUGCCAAAUUAAACUUAUUCAGUUGCAUAGAAUAUUAUAGUCAACAUUUAAGUAUCUUUGAGUAAUGAAUAUGUUUUAUACACGGUUAAGUUGAGACAUUUUGCUUUGAAUGUCUUUUAUCGAAGAACAGUAGACUCCGGCAACUUAGAGACUAAAAAAUAAAUAUUAUUUCUGCAUCAAUAAAGAGUAUCAGUAAUUCAUUUCCCAGAUGUAAAGAUAUAAACUUUGAUAUUUGAGGAUUAUUUUUUGACAAAUAAAUGAUUUAAGGCUUUUGAGAAGAAAAAACGAACAUUCUCUUUUAAGGAUGUUUGCUCCUCUAUUUCUUGAAUUUUUGCUAGAUUUUUUUAAAUCCUCUGGUUUUAUCCAUGUAUUAUGCCCACUAACCCCUACUUUUCUUUUCAUAUUUUUAUCACACAAAGGCCAUAUUUCAAAAUCUUAUAAAAUCCUUGUUAUUUUUCAUAUUUUUUUAAACAAAAAAGGUGCCAAUGUUAAAUUUAAGAAAAAUCUAGAGAGAUUUAUUUCCCGCCAAUUUUUCAAUGGCUUAUAUCUCGAAAACAAGCACAGGGACCCUCCAUUUUUUCUGCUUUUUUAGUUUCCUUAUUUAAAUACUAUCAAUUUAUAACAAUCUUUUAAAAAGCUUGUUAUUUUUAAAUAGAGUAGCGAACCUCCUGAAGGGGGGAGACUUUGGUUCAGGGAGAUAACUCUUUAAAUCAGGUAUGUGUUUGUAAAAGUCAAGUAUCAUCAAUGUAUUUUAAGCAUUUACCUGAAACAGAUUGGAAAUAAUCUAUGUAACCUAGAAGCUUAGAAUAUAUUUGUGAAAAUGGUUGACACAAACGUACUGAUGAUUUUCCGAGUUAUUUCCCUUAACCUAGGUCUACCUCCUUAAGCAGGUUUUACAGUACUGCAUAAUUGAUGCAUCAAACAUGUUAUCUUUGCAGCUCGUUUUAAAUUUAGGAUAUGUGAUAAAAAAAUCUAAAAAACAGAUAAUCAAAGUAGCAAACAAAAUAUAUUAUUGUUUUAUAUUUGUUAAGUUUCUCAUUUUAUAUAUUAAUGCAAUCAUUUAAAUAUUUUAAUGUUAAUGAUUUGUUAUAUAAUUUUUUUUGCAUAUUUUGUGAUAUGUCUGUUAUAUUGUUUCUGGACUUUUAUAUUAUAAAUAUUUAAUUCUAAAUAAGUUUAUUUUCCGUUGCUCAUGCAAUUUUUGUCAAGACAAAAAUACGUUUUUCAAGAUAUAGGUGUCAACAAUCACCAUAUUGAUAGAGACCUCCUAAAUAUUUUCCCCUGUAAAGACCUGUCAGUGACCUCCUGUCAUGGAAUUAAAACAAUGGAAUUUAUUUGUAAAUAUAUGGAAAAUUUCAAACUCGAUUGUCAGUGCCAUUUUUUCCAUGUGAGCUUUAUUUCAAUUGGUGGCCUUUUGUCUGUAAUCUGCUCUUUGGUUAGGUUGUUGUCUCUAUGACAUAUUCCCCAUUUCCAUUCUCAAAUUUAUAUGCCACAUUUUAAGAAGACAUCCGUUAUGUUUUUCUACAGGACAUUUGAAAACACUGUAUGGAUAUAAAUUUUUGUGUGGUUGCAAUUUAUUGGUUUUAUUUCUGAGAAAGAUUUCAAUUGAACAUUUUUUUCUUGGUUUUUCAGCUUAUAAGAAAUUAAUAUUACUGUGGAACUUUGGGGAUAUUAUUCAUCUACAAUUACUGUGGAUUCAUUUAUUUUCAUUGGUUUCAAUUUUUUCAAGGAUUUAGAAAAACUUUUACUGUAUAUUUGAAUUAAUGAUUUUGCCACUGACUGCAUACAUUAUUAUAGAAUUUUGUAAUUCGUUGGAACAUUUAAAUUCGUUUAUUGGUUUAUCUGUAUCCAUGAAAUCCACGAAAAUUGGAACUGCAUGAAAAAUAAUGAAUCCACAUUAGCAAUUCUGUUCCAUUGGCCAAUCCAGGGGGUUCCCGGGGUUGAAACCCCCCUUUUUUUGACCGAUCAAUGCAUUUGAAUGGGGACAUAUAGUUGGAGCCCCACCCUUUGUCCUGGGUUGGGACCCCCCUUUUUUAAAUGGCUGGAUCCGCCCCUGGUCGCUCUUUGAUGGUUGAAGGGCUUUUGGGAAUUCAUGAUAACAUUUAAAAGCUUUCAUAGCAUGAUCAGGGACAAUAACAUUGUAUACUUUCAUUUGCCAUUGCCUUAGUUAGAGAUUUGCAAAUUACAUAUGACAUGAAAUAUGUAAUAAACAUUUUUGUUUGCCUCUGAUCAUUUUGGGCACAAAAUAAUAAACUGUAAUUGCACAUACACAAUUGAUACUUUGUGUUCAGAUAUCAUAUUGUAUAAAUCAUUAAAGCCAUUUUACUUCCUAUUAUUUCAGAAUUCAUUGCAUGUAAAAAAAAAUAUUGUAAAUGUUUAUUAUAGGCGAUAUCAGAAAUUGUGUAAUGCAAAAUUAACGCAAUCAGAUUUUAAAAUGUCUGAUUUGAGAUGCUGAAUUUUUAUUGCAUUUUUGCAAUAAUAAAAGAAAAUAUUGCAUGAUUAGUAUUUUAUUGCAUUUUUGCAAUGAUGUAAAGUUAAUUAUCAAAUGUGUAUCAUUUCAUUGCAUUUUUGCAUAAAUUUUUAAUAAUGAAAACCAUGCUAAAAUUUCUGAUUUAACAGAAUUUACUUGAACUUUAUUAAGUUUAUUAUACUGCAGAUUCAUAAUUAUUUUUUAUAAAUUACUGACUUUAUGAAUAUUUUUGUUAAAGUGAUCCAUGAAAUUUUAUGGUAAAAAAAAUAUAAUUCCUACGAUGUUUGGUACAAAUUUGUAAAAAAUUCAAAUCCCCUGAGCAAAUGUCAAACAAAAUGCAUGUUUGCUCACACCAUGAAAAUGGAUAUAUUCACAGUGUUUACAGAGAGAUUGAAAAUACAUUUCUGCUCACUCCUGUCCAUGAAAAUUGGUAUUACAUGAAAAUGAGUACAUUCAUAUUACUGUAUAUCCAGAUCUCAAAUAACUUUUUGGCUAACUUCAUGCAAAUUGGUACCCCCAUGAAAAUGAAAACAUUUACAAUAUUUACAAAGAUCUCAAUUUUGAUUGUUGUCAUGUAAAUUCAUGUCUUAUUUAUUCAUGUUCUAUGAUAAUCAAAUAACCUGAUUUUAUUCAUACUACUGUGGAUUAAUUAAUAUUCGUUGGAUACCAAUUUUCGUGGUUUUCGUGGGUACAGGGAAACAACGAAAUUAAAUGUUCCACGAAAUGCAAAUUUUCUAAAGAAAUGCAUGUGACUUUGUCAAAACCACGAAUUUAAAUACCCACAAAUAUGUAAGUUUUCCUCUAUCCACGAAAAUUAGUACCCACGAAAAUAAAUGAAUCCACAGUAUCACUAGUUAGUAGUUAUGAAUCAUAACUUAUGAUGUUUGCAAUAUUAUUGCUGUAUGUACAUUUUGCACAGGCAAUGAGAAUUUCAUCUCGGCCUUUAAAUAAUCAAACAAUGAAUCUGGUUUCGGGAUUUUCUUGCUAUGUUGAAGUCUCAUUGGUAGCCUUUGGCUAUUUUCUGCUCUUUGGUGAGGAAGUCUAUUUGAUACAUUCUCCAAUUCCAUUCUCAAUAUUAUAUAUGCACAAAGUUUUAAAUUAUCACAAAUUAAUAUUUGAAUUAAGGUGGACAUUUUUUAAAUUUAUAAUGUAUUAAAUGGUUUCUUUUCAUCACAAGUAAGAGUUUCAGGGAUGUUUCAUGAGGUCGAGGAUAUCCAGAGCAUAAAUUGUUAAAAACAAGAAUUUAAAAUUCUCUUAAAAAUUAACCAAUGCGCCAGUGCCGUUAAAACUUAACAGGUUAAUUUGAUAUCCGACCUUUAUCAAUUUCAAAUUUAAUGAUAAUUGGUAUAUAAUUUGGCACAUGUUUGAGCUCUUGAAUACCUUACAAUUCUGUGUCACAAAAUUCUAAUUUUGAGGGUCAACUUAUGUAGAAAGCUGAUGAUGAUCACUUUGGAUAAAGUCAUCUGAAGGCUGCUCUUUAGUUUUUGUUUUGUUCUACUAUCCUCUUGGUGACUUUGCUACCCAUCAUGCCAAUCUGGCAGGUUAGAUUUUCAAUAGCUGUUUUUGUGUCAAAAAUGUUUUUAUAUUUAUUAAUAUAUUUUUUAAAAACUAUUUGAUGUACUUAGUAAAUUAAAUAACAAGGUAAAAUUUUCAUGACACAUUUGACAAAACCAAAAGCAAAAGUUACAGUUCUUUAUCCCAAAAUCACAGUACAAUACAACAACUUGUACUUCAAGUCACUAGGAAAUGAUAAGUCAAAAUUUGACCUACAUAAAUAGAAAAUCAAAGAGUAUUAUAAAGCUUCCACAUACAAUUAAGAUACUCUUAAGAUAAUGUUAUACAUAUUUGCAUUAGAACAUUUUAGAAUUUAGUUUAACAGUAUAAAAAUAGCCAUAUUUGUGAUC